AUGAUUUUCAUAUUUAACGUCAUCCUUAUAUCAUCAUGUGUCUCACUGAUAUCAGCUGAUUAUAGUUACAAAAAUGCUGACGAAUGGGCGAAUGAAUAUCCACAAUGUGGAGGUUCACUUCAAUCACCUAUCAAUCUUACCUGGCAUCUCGUUGAUGACUCUGAUUCCAAUGAGCCAAUAAUAUUUGAAAAUAUUUAUGAUACCGUAGCUGAGAGAAUGACAUUGGAAAACGAUGGCCACACAUUAAAACUAUUGUUCCAAUGGCCUAACGACCCAGAAAAGGUACCCUACGUUCAUGGUGGACCUCUUGAAGGUGAAUUUAGAACACAUUCUUUCCAAUUCCGUUGGGGAUCUACUAUUACGAAUGGAAGCGAACAUCAGCUUGGUGGCAAGAGUUAUGCAAUGGAGAUGCAAACAGUUCACUAUAAUAAAGAAUUUGGUAGUUAUGAAGAAGCUGAAGGCUCCGAAAAUGGACUAGUGUUAUAUGCUUUAUUUUAUGUAACGUGUCUUUCAAAAAUUUUCAAAGUGGAUUCUCGAUUUAAAUUACAAGUAGAAGAAGAGUUCGAUUUCUUAACAAAAAUCAUCGAAAAACUGCCUGAAGUUGCUCAACCGGGACUUUCAACAGAUAUCGAACCAUUUGCAUUGGGUGACUAUUUUGAUAAGGAGAAAGCCACCAAUUAUGUAGUUUAUCCUGGAUCUUUGACACAUCCACCAUGUUCUGAGUCAGUCACUUGGCUUAUAUCUGAUAGAAUAAUUCCAGUCUCAAAAGAACAAGUUAGAGCCUUCCAACAGUUGAAUCUUCUCAAUGAUGAUGACCACAACAAUCGACCUCUGCAACCGAUCAAUGGUCGACGCGCUAAGGCUGCUCAAAAUUCCAAUUACAAAAAUGCUGAAGAAUGGGCGAAUGAAUAUCCACAAUGUGGAGGUUCACUGCAAUCGCCUAUUGAUGUUUCCUUCGAUCUUGGUUCUGAAAUUGAGACAAUAAAAUUUGAAAAUGGAGCAGAUUCUGUAGCUGAAAGAAUGAUUUUGGAGAACGAUGGCCACACAUUAAAACUAUCGUUUCAAUGGCCUAACGACCCAGAAAAGAAAUUAGGAGAAGAAGAGUUCGGUUUGUUAACAAAAAUCAUUGAAAAAUUGCCUGAAGUUUCUGAACCAGGAACUUCAACAGAUAUCAAACCAUUCAAAUUGUCUGAUUUUUUGGAUCAAAAUGAAUUCCACAGUUAUAUAAUUUAUCCUGGAUCUUUGACACAUCCACCAUGUACUGAGUCAAUCCCUUGGAUUAUAUCUGAUAGAAUAAUUGAAGUCACAGAGGAACAAGUAAGAGCAUUCCAAAAUUUGAAUCUUUUCAAUAAUGACGACCACAACACUCGGCCUCUGCAACCGGUCAACGGUCGGAAAGCUAAAUUCGCUACUAAAUCCUAG